AAAAUCUGGAAUUGCAAUUUUCAAAAAUCGCUACACGUCCAUCCCCGUGAAAAUUCUAAGCAGCAAGAUGGUAAGCGGCGUGGUUCCCGCGCCACUUUCCGCACAUCCUCUUGUCAUUUGGGAUGUUCGCUCCCCUCUUCGAGUGCCUAAUGUCAUCAAGCAAUCGACGUCGCGCGACACACAAAACAUAUUUGCGAAAUACCACGAUUCGAAACAGAUGAUGCUAGCGCAUUGGAAACAUCGUCAGGAAAAAUCGAUUGAAAACAAUGGAUAAACAACAUGCAUUUAAUUACCGUAUUGUGAAAUUUUAGACCAGUAUUGUAACAGAUUUUUUGUAUCCAAAAGAUGUACACGAUUAAAUCUCUUGGAAGACGUUAUAGCACAAUUGUUCUGAAUCUGAUGGACCAAUUCUGAAUCCCGAAAGCAUUUAAGCCAUGUAUCCGUCCGACAUGAUUAAAUCUCAUAAAGAAAAGGGCGCGUGCGUCUCUGAAGGAAGAUUCGUACGAAAUGAGAGAUCAACUUCUCUAGGAGAUCGGAGCGCUCGCCGCGGAGAACGUUGCUUAGCUGAGGAUCCAUCGUUCCCUGAGGAUUUUCAUCAUCGAGAUCGAGAUCGAGGACGAUACGGUACAGCUACUCCGGCGGCGAGCGCGAAACUACAUCCCGCACGUCCAUCAAGAGUGCUCAGGAGAAGUGCAGUGUGUAAAAACGAAUCAGACUCAUUUCGCUUAUCGACGAUAAAGUGACGCCAAACUGUCUAGCAUCGGUUUGCUCAUGGUUAUCUCGAAAGAGCCGGUGACUUCCACAUGAGGUUCCAUCGUUGGAUUUAAUAAGAUACUGUGUUAUGUCUCGCUAUCAAUUUCGCAUUUGAGGCGAUACUAAUUGAGAAUCAGCUGGAGUGAGUGUACGAACAGAAAACACUGAGAUUAUCAUUGGGCGCCUUACAAACAUGACAGAGGCAUCACGCGAUCCUGAGGUAACUGAUCCAGAAAAUCCCGACAACGGCAGGACAGCGUUAAAUUUGACAUCAACGACCAGUAAAAGCAAACCUCUUCCGGAUCGUGGAUCAUGGAGCACCAAGCUGGAUUUCAUUCUCAGUGUGGUCGGCCUAGCAAUCGGUCUUGGCAAUGUUUGGCGAUUUCCGUAUCUCUGCUAUAAAAAUGGCGGCGGCGCUUUUCUAAUCCCCUACUUCUUGACACUGUUCCUCGCUGGUAUACCCAUGUUCUUCAUGGAGCUGGCUCUUGGACAGAUGCUCACGAUAGGCGGCCUCGGAGUCUUCAAAAUAGCGCCGCUUUUCAAGGGUAUCGGUUAUGCCGCCGCCGUCAUGUCUUGUUGGAUGAAUGUCUACUAUAUUGUUAUCCUGGCUUGGGCGAUUUUCUACUUCUUCAUGUCGAUGCGCAGCGAGUUACCCUGGGGCAGCUGCAAUAACUACUGGAAUACAAAGAACUGCGUGAAUCCUUACGAUAGAAGCUCGCUGCAUUGCUGGUCCGAGAUCUCAUCCAGAAACGGUAGCGUCAUCAAAAUGUGCAUGGUCAAUCACGUUAACGUGACAAUGACGGACCUUACGGAUCCUGUGAAGGAGUUCUGGGAACGUCGAGCAUUGCAGAUCAGUGAAGGUAUCGAAUAUGUGGGCAAUAUUCGAUGGGAAUUAGCAGCUACAUUACUGUUAGUAUGGAUAAUCUGCUACUUUUGUAUCUGGAAGGGCGUUAAAUGGACUGGAAAAGUCGUCUACUUCACUUCUCUCUUCCCGUACGUGUUGCUCACUGUCCUUCUGAUUCGUGGCAUUACGCUACCCGGCGCUAUGGAAGGCAUUCGGUUUUACAUCAGUCCAAAUUUGUCUAAGCUUCGGGAAUCUGAGGUCUGGAUCGACGCAGUGACGCAGAUCUUCUUCUCAUAUGGCCUUGGUCUCGGUACUCUGGUAGCCCUUGGCAGUUACAAUAAAUUUACCAACAAUGUCUACAAGGACGCGCUGAUCGUUUGUUCGGUUAACUCGUCUACCAGCAUGUUCGCGGGCUUCGUGAUAUUCUCAGUGGUAGGCUUUAUGGCGCACGAGCAGCAGAAACCGGUCGCCGAAGUGGCAGCUUCCGGACCAGGCCUAGCUUUUCUCGCUUAUCCAUCGGCGGUUCUCCAGCUGCCGGGCGCGCCACUCUGGUCGUGCCUGUUCUUCUUCAUGUUGUUGCUCAUCGGACUUGAUUCCCAAUUUUGCACGAUGGAAGGCUUCGUCACAGCUAUGGUGGACGAGUGGCCUCAGCUGUUACGUCGUCGCAAGGAGAUUUUUAUCGCCAUCGUGUGUGCCUUGUCCUAUAUCAUCGGAUUGGCGUGCAUUUCUCAAGGUGGCAUGUAUGUUUUCCAAAUUCUCGAUUCGUACGCAGUCUCCGGCUUUUGUCUGCUAUUCCUUAUCUUCUUCGAGUGUAUAUCGAUCAGCUGGGCAUUUGGAGUAAAUCGAUUCUACGAUGCCUUGCGUGAUAUGAUUGGAUACUAUCCUCUUAUGUGGUGGAAAUUUUGCUGGACAAUAACUACGCCGAUGAUUUGUGUUGGCGUGUUCGUCUUCAAUCUGAUUCAAUGGACACCUAUAAAGUAUCUAGACUAUGAGUAUCCCUGGUGGUCGCAUGUAUUAGGUUGGUUUACAGCGUUAUCUUCUAUGCUUUGUAUACCUGGAUACAUGGUCUACGCAUGGAUGACUACGCCAGGCGAUAAUAGAACGAAAUACAAAUUACUAAUUCAGAUAGAGGAUGAUGUCGCGACUCUACGAACAAAGAUGGGCCAACCACCAGUCGAGCUAACACCCCUAUAAUUUCUAUUUUAAUUGGCAACAAGCUCGCCUAGUACGAUAAUGUAAUCGUUUUACUACAUCCCAUAAAGAUAACGAUUACUAUAAAGCAACGUGCACAGCCGUGAUAGUAGAUCAUCGAGAUCUAUCGUUUCUUUCAUUCAAGGCGCGACUCAACGCGAAGCGGAGAGCCAGCAAUCAAACAAAACACACUCGACACUGCCCUUGAUCCCCUUACAUCCACUUGACAAAAAGCUUCGCUGGCUUUGUACAUAAAUUAUUUAUUUGUCAUCGUAGCGAUUAUUGCAUAAUCUCCGCAUGAUAGGAAAUUCGCGAACGAUCGCGACAUUCUGGUUAAAUCAUAUCGGACUUGUGGGAUCAAAUGGAAUUUGCGGAUCAAGUUGCAUCCUCAUUGAAUGAUAAAAAUUGUUUAAAAUUGACCUUAUCAUAAGUAAGUUAUUAAGUGGAUUAAUUAGAUUGUUUCUAAAUUAUUUUUAUGCAAAAUUUUGAAACUUUUUUCUUUGUUAGAUUUUUUGUGAUAAAAAUUAUCAAUUUUUCUAUCAGGCUGUUGUGUUUGUAAUACAAAUAGAGAGUAAAAAUCCAAUUAAUAAUUAUAGUGCUAAGCAAUAUUGAUUUAACCGAUUCUUAACAAUACUCAAUGAUCACAUUAUCCAUUAAACUUGUAUCGCGAUAGUUUUAGAUGUUUUUGCACUUUAUUGUGCACUUAUACGCUUAUACUUUUGCAUCAAUUUAAUGUCGCGUUUAACAUGCAAAGUAUGUCUGCGUUUUUAUUUUCAAAGAUCGUAUUAAAUAUCAAUUGAUAUAACUGUAAGACAAAGGCGUUUCUUCCGCGUUAUGUUAUCGUCAUGAGUUGUUGUAAUUAAGCAACAAGUACAACGAUGCAGGGCACUAAGCCGUUGUACAAUUGACUUUUUAUUGUUCGCAAGUGAUUGUUAUCAAUAAUAUACCGAGUCUCGGCAGACUAUAUAUACCGACCAUCAAUUUUGGUUCACGAUGACAAGCGAACGAACUAUGAUUCGAGAUUGCGCAUAUUUAUGCUGCCAUAAAUAUUUUAAAUAGACGCGUUGUAUUUUAUCGUAUCGCUCUUAUUUAAUAAAUACACACUAGUGUUAUCUAA